AAUUCGACAAAAUGGAGCUCACAAAAAUGUAAACAAAGAUUCACAAUAAAGUUGUACCUGAUGUACAUGUAGUAACUUCAUGGCAUGGUUUUGUGAGAACGUAAUCAGUAAGAUACGUAUCCUAAUUCUGUAAGAAGGAUGACAGCAUCCUAACUCUGCUCCAAGUAUGACAGUAUCCUAAUUCUGUAAGAAGGAUGACAGCAUCCUAACUCUGCUUCAAGUAUGACAGUAUCCUAAUUCUGCUUGAAGAAUAACAGCAUCCUAACUCUGUUUGAAGAAUAACAGCAUCCUAAUUCUGCUUUAAGUAUGACAGUAUCCUAAUUCUGCUUGAAGAAUAACAGCAUCCUAACUCUGCUUCAAGUAUGACAGUAUCCUAAUUCUGUUUGAAGAAUAACAGCAUCCUAACUCUGCUUCAAGUAUGACAGUAUCCUAAUUCUGUUUGAAGAAUAACAGCAUCCUAAUUCUGUUUGAAGAAUAACAGCAUCCUAACUCUGCUUCAAGUAUGACAGUAUCCUAAUUCUGCUUGAAGAAUAACAGCAUCCUAAUUCUGCUUCAAGUAUGACAGUAUCCUAAUUCUGCUUGAAGAAUAACAGCACCCUAACUCUGUUUGAAGAAUAAUAGCAUCCUAAUUCUGCUUGAAGAAUAACAGCAUCCUAACUCUGCUUCAAGUAUGACAGUAUCCUAAUUCUGCUUGAAGAAUAACAGCACCCUAACUCUGUUUGAAGAAAAAUAGCAUCCUAAUUCUGCUUGAAGAAUAACAGCAUCUUAACUCUGCUUGAAGAAUAAUAGCAUCCUAAUUCUGCUUGAAGAAUAACAGCAUCUUAACUCUGCUUGAAGAAUAACAGCAUCCUAACUCUGUUUGAAGAAUAACAGCUUCCUAACUCUUUUUGAAGAAUAACAGCGUCCUAAAUCUGUUUGAAGAAUAACAGCAUCCUAUUCCUAACUACGUUUGAAGAAUAAGAGAACCUUAACUCUUCUUGUAUAACAGCAUCCUAAUUCUGGUUAAAGAAUGGCAGCAUCCUAACUCUAUUUGAAGAAUGACAUCAUCCUAACUCUAAUUGAAGAAUAACAGCAUCAUAACGUGGAGCAUUAACAAUGAGUCUUGAAGAAUUAUGGCCGAAGUUGGAAGUAAAUACCCCAACCAGUGUCAACAUUCCAUUUUACGUUUCUAAGAUUGAGGCGUAUUUGGCAGAUCCAGUGAGUUGCAGGACAUGGAAAAUAAAACUGGCAAGAAAAGGAUGGAAGAUGGAGUACAUAUUCCUUCACGAUCUCAUCAUGUACACAGCAGAGGGAAAACAGAUUCGAAUGCUGGAACAUCCCUCUUUGCAAAUAGUACAUAAUGGAACUCUACAGGAAGGGAAUAUUAUUAUUGCAACAUCCAUCAUUAAAAUCAAGAUGCCUGCUUAUGAUGCAGAACUUUUCUACAUUGUCCUGAAAGACUGGAUUUCUCAUCCCAACCCGACGCAG